AUGGGUGUUCCAAAAUUCUUUCGAUGGCUCAGCGAGCGAUACCCUGCCAUCUCACAGCUGAUCGCAGAGAACCGCAUUCCAGAAUUCGACUGUCUUUACCUCGAUAUGAACGGCAUCAUUCACAAUUGUACGCACAAGGACUCUGACUCCCCUUCUUUCCGGAUGACGGAGGACAAGAUGUUCAUCGCCAUCUUCAACUAUAUAGAGCAUCUUUUCGGCAAGAUAAAACCGAAAAAGCUGUUUUUCAUGGCCGUCGAUGGAGUGGCGCCCCGGGCCAAGAUGAAUCAACAGCGCUCUCGCCGCUUUCGUACCGCCCUCGACGCAGAGAAGGCUCGUGAAAAAGCAAUUAAAGAAGGCGUGGAGUUGCCCAAGGAAGAUCCGUUUGACAGCAAUUGCAUUACGCCUGGUACAGAAUUCAUGGCCAGGCUUACUAAACAGCUCAAGUAUUUCAUCAGCAAGAAGGUCUCUGAAGACGUCGAUUGGCAAGGCGUCGAGGUCGUGUUGUCUGGUCACGAAGUUCCCGGAGAAGGGGAACACAAAAUCAUGGAGUAUAUCCGACAAGCCAAAGCGCAGCCUGACUACGACCCCAAUGUACGUCACUGUUUGUAUGGGCUGGAUGCUGAUCUGAUCAUGUUGGGUCUGCUGAGCCACGACCCACAUUUCUGCUUGCUUCGCGAGGAAGUUACUUUCGGAAGACAGUCACAAAAGAAGUCCAAGGAGUUGGAGCAUCAGAACUUCUACCUCAUGCAUCUUUGUAUUGUCAGAGAAUACCUGGAACUAGAGUUCCAAGAGCUAAAGCAGCCGGGCGCUCUUGAAUUUGAUUAUGAUAUGGAACGAAUCAUCGACGACUUCAUCUUAAUGGCUUUCUUUGUUGGAAACGAUUUCUUACCCAACCUGCCAAAUCUGCAUAUCAACGAAGGGGCGCUGGCACUCAUGUUCCAAAAAUACAAACAAAUUCUCCCAACAUUGGGCGGUUACAUCAACGAGCAUGGUGUGAUCAACCUCCAACGGCUGGGAGUGCUCCUGGAUGAGUUGGCGGAGGUAGAAGAUCGUUUCUUUGAGGCAGAAUAUGCAGGUGCCAAAUGGAUCGACGCGAAACGGAAUGGACAAAAUGCAGACGAGCCACUGACGACUUCCCGUGGUCCUGUCAGGAUCUCUCCUGAACAAAAGCAGCUCUUCAAGGAGGUGAAGAAGUACUUUAUAUCACCUCUCAACAAGGACCCGGCGACAAAACAGCCACUCAAACUAUCUUCCACACUUCCGGCACGAGAUCGUAAAUUUGUCCAGCAACUCGCCACCGACUUGAAUUUGCAGUGGUCCACAAAGGAAGACAGCGACGGCAACCGCUUCCUUCAGUUGGAAUUCCCUCCCAAGGGCGCACAGGCAGAGUCGGACGAAGAAGACGAAGAGUCGGAAUUGGCCAUAAUGCGGGUCUUGAAGAGAUAUGAGAAUGCGAAAAUCGAAGAGAGCACCGACGAGCAAGCGCAACAAGACAUGCAGAAGAAGUACGAUCAAAAGUUUCAGGAAUGGAAAGAUCAAUACUACAAGGAAAAGUUCGGCUGGGGCCUUGAGAACGAAGAGGGCUUAAGGAAAUUGGCGGAAAACUACGUACAGGGAUUGCAAUGGGUCCUUUUCUACUAUUAUCGUGGUGUUGCUUCGUGGCCUUGGUUUUAUCAAUAUCACUACUCACCGAUGAUUUCGGACGUCAAGAGAGGUCUGGGCGCGGAUAUGCAUUUCAAACUCGGUCAACCUUUCCGGCCAUUUCAACAGCUGAUGGGCGUUCUUCCGGAUCGAAGCAAGAAAAUUGUCCCAGAAGUUUAUCACGAGUUGAUGACAUCAAAAGAUUCACCCAUCAUCGAUUUCUAUCCCCGAGAUUUUGCACUGGAUAUGAAUGGCAAGAAACAGGAAUGGGAAGCUGUGGUCAAGAUUCCAUUCAUUGACGAGCGGCGGCUUCUCGAUGCUAUGGCUUCUAAGGAUGCUCUGCUUACCGAAGACGAACGCCUCCGCAAUGACUUUGGGGUGAGCUUGAAAUUCACGUAUUCUCCAGAGGUCGACUACACUUACCCUUCAUCAUUUGUCGGAAUCUUCCCAGAUCUACCGCAUUGUCACUGCAUCCAAAAUGAAUUUGAGCUUCCGACAAUGGAUGGGCUGGAGCCGUAUGUGGGUCUGGUGGAAGGGGUCAAACUUGGUAUCGCAGCUUUGGCUGGCUUUCCGAGUUUGAAGACGCUCCCAUUUACCGGCUCGUUGGGAUUCCACGGCGUGAAUGUCUUCCAGCAAGACAGCCGCAAUGAGAGCAUGAUCGUCACCUUGUCAGAUACCGAAACGCGAACCAAAGUGGAGUAUGCCAAAGUUCUUUUGGACAGGCGUGUCUAUGUCGGAUACCCGUUCUUACAAGAAGCAAAGAUUGUCAAAGUUUCGGACGAGCUUUUCGACUAUGUCAUGGCGGAUGAUGGGACAAGCGUGCCUCAUCAGAUCAGGGCAAUUGAGCACUCUGGAAACGAAAUCGACCAGUUCCGGAAGAAGGCAGAUCGAAUUGAGAAGUUCUACAGCAAGAGACUCGGAAUGCUGAUCGGCGAAGUGGAAUCUCUGGUCCACGUCGAGAUGCUCAAGGGCCUCAAGAAACUGGACGACGGAUCGACUGUCAAGGAAUUUGCCGAGCUUCCAGGCCUCGACACUAUCCAUGCGACUCAGCUUAUAGUGGAAAAUGUGAUCAGCGAGGACAUUCGUUUCAUUGAGCAAGCAGCUCGACCCAUCGAAGAAGAAUUUCCAGACGGUACCAACGCCUUCUUCCUUGGAGAUUAUGCUUAUGGACGCCCUGUCAGUGUUAUCGGCCAUGAGAACGGCAAAGCAAAAUGUUUGAUUGCACUCUCGAAAGCACGUCAGGUGGAGUUUGGACGCGACAUUGCCCGUCAGGCAGAAAGGUUGUCACCCUAUACACCUUCAUACCAGGUUGCCCAGAGCCUCGGCUUGAAUCCCCUGGCACUAGCAAAGAUCACCUCCUCAUUUUCCAUCACGGUAGACGAUUCCAGAGUGAACUUGGGCCUGAAUCUCAAGUUUGAAGCCAAAAAGCUCAAAGUUCUCGGCUACUCACGCAAAGGCCAGAGCGGCUGGGAGUUCAGUCGAGCGGCUGUUGAACUGAUUCAGCAAUACAUGAUACGAUUUCCGCAGUUCAUUGCCGGCAUCCACAAGAACCCGCAAGGAGACAUGUUACCUGCAACAGCAUACUUUCCUGGCGACGAACAGCAGGCCAAAGAAAAAGUGAAAGAGAUUCAAGCAUGGUUGAAAGAGAUCGAGUCAAAGAGCUUCGAGAGAGUCCCGCUCGAAGCCGAGCAAUUGGAUUCCGAGAUUGUGAAGCGCAUCGAGCAAGCUGCGGACGAAGCACUUCGCUCAGAGCCUGCUCCGUACAACAAAACCAUUGGAGGAGUCCCUCGAAAUGCGCUUUUGAAGCCCUCGGAUGCGCAAUGGCGUCUUGGAAACCAAAGAUUUAGUCUCGGAGACAGGGUGAUUUACGUGGCUGACUCGGGCAAAGUCCCGAUUGCCUCCAAGGGAACUGUUGUUGGUCUGACCCAAACCACGAGGGAAACCUGGCUUGAUGUUGUCUUCGACGUCUCUUUUAUGAGUGGGACAUCGUUGGGAGACCGCUGCUCACCAUUCCGGGGAUCCACUGUGCCGACAUGGUCUGUUUUGAACCUCAGCAAUCGACAAGUGCUUGCUUCGUCAAAGGCAAGCGCAAACCGACAAACCAAUGGCACAGGGCACUCGCCUCUCACCGUCCCCGGUUAUGGCCAACCUGGCAUCGGAGGCUCGGGUCAAUUACGUCCAGCCGGGACUCCUCCAGCAUUGCGGGGUACGUGGCGUGGAGCUGUAUCUGGCCAUGCAUCUGGCGGUCGAGGCCAGUUGACUGGAACUUCCAUGCCAAUCCGGAACAUGUCUGGCUCACCUGCCAACGGUCACCGGGGCAAUGCGACGAAUGGCCAACAUGGUCGUGGUGGCCGUGCAUCGAUGGGUCAUGUCAGUGCUCGAGGAGGAUACACUAUCGUGGAUCGAGGAGACGCUCAAACUGGAGUUGUCCAGAACAAUCCUAAUUUCCGGCCGAAAUCGCAGAACAAUGUUCCUCCACCUGCAAGCUUGAAUCAGCCUGCCACCCCACGGGGUCGUGGUCGAGGACGAGGUGGUACGUCUAGGGGAGGACGAGGUGCAACGCCGCGUGGAGGAGUGUGA